AUCACGAGUCAUGACCGCCCCUCCCUUUCAUUCCAGUAAACGGUUGUCCAAAACAUGGCUAAACCGUAUUUUCUUAGUCAUCUACUCCGCCGCGGUUUCACUUCUCCUCCUCCGACACAUCCGUAACCUUAUCCACUCUCCAACAUUAAUCUCGUUCACUCUUUUUGUAGCCGAUUUUGUGUUAACUAUCUUAUGGCUAACAGCCCAAUGUUGUCACUGGAAUCCAAUCGAACGCCAGGUUUAUCCCGAAAACUUGGAACAAGUGAUACCGGAAGGCGAGUAUCCGGAUUUAGAUGUUGUGAUAUGCACGGCCGAUCCAACAAAGGAGCCACCCGUUGGCGUGGUGAACACGGCCUUGUCUGUUUUGGCCUAUGAUUACCCAACGGAUAAGCUUUCGGUGUAUAUUUCGGAUGACGGUGGGUCGGAUAUGACACUGUAUGCGUUCAUAGAGUGUGCCAAGUUUGCCAAGUAUUGGAUACCGUAUUGCAAAAAACAUAACAUUGUGGACAGGGCGCCUCAAGUGUACUUUGGAAGUGAUCAUCAUGCUUACUUUCCUGAAACAGACGAGAUUAAGGAAAUGUACGAAAACAUGAAAUCAAGGGUGGAGAUGGUGGUGCAGAGUGGGGGUGUUACUUUUGAUCAAGUGGUGGAAUCAGGAUUCCAGGAUGCUUUUAGCAAAUGGACGCCUAAUUCCAGUCGUCAACAUCAUCCCACUGUCAUCCAGACUGUAUUAGACAAAUGCAUGGACAAAGACAUCGAAGGCAAUGUCAUACCAAAUCUCAUCUAUGUAUCUCGUGAGAAAAGCAUUGAUAAACACCAUAACUUUAAGGCCGGGGCACUUAACGUCAUGCUUCGAGUGUCUGGCAUGAUGACCGGCGCCCCAAUCAUCCUAAUCCUAGAUUGUGACACAUACUCAAACGAUCCAACAACACCAAUCCGUGCUUUAUGCCACUUCUUGGAUCCACAAGUUGAUCCGAAACUUGCAUUUGUCCAAUUUCCUCAAAGAUUUAAAGGAGUCAAUAAAAAUGACAUAUAUGCCUCUGAGUUCUGGCUUGAGACACAAAUCUAUAGUCUUGGAAUGGAUGGCUUAUUAGGUGCUCAGUUUAUGGGAACCGGAGGCUUUAUUAGACGGAAUGUAAUUAGUGAUGGUUCAUCUUCUGAUUUCAACACUACUAAGAGUGAAUAUGACACACUUUUGGUUAAUCAAGCAGCAAGUUGCGACUUCGAGGAUAAUACGAAAUGGGGUUCCGAGAUUGGAUUUCGAUAUGGCACCUUGACGGAGGACACUUACACAAGUUUCCGCUUGCAUUGUGAAGGUUGGAAGUCGGUUCUUUGCAAUCCUAAACGUCCGGCAUUUCUAGGGGGCGCACCAUCAAACUUAAAUGAUUCCUUAACCCAAAUCCAACGAUGGUAUUUGGGAUUUCUUGAAAUACAAUUUAACAAAUAUAACCCGAUAACAUAUGGCAUUCGGUCAAUGAAUCCACUUCAAGCUUUGUGUUACGCACACCACACUCUUCGAACAUCUUGGUUGAUUCCAAUCUAUAUCUACGCGUUCUUGCCCCAAGUUUCACUCAUAAACUCCUUCCCAAUAUUCACCUCCAAGGUUUCUGAAGAUGGGUUACUGCUGUAUGCAUUUUUGUUUCUUGGAGCAUAUGGAAAAGAAUGUAUUGAUCUUGUGGUGUUCGGUGGUUCAUCUAUACAAAAGUGGUGGAACUACCAAAGAAUGUGGCUCAUGUGGGGGGUGUCUAGCCAUCCAUUUGCAUUGCUCGAGUGGUCGCUUAAAUCCUUUGGCUUAUCUUCAUUUGGGUUCAACGUUACAAGCAAAGUGGUGGAAGAAGAACAAAAGAAAAGGUACGAACAAGGGGUGUUUGAAUUUGGAGUUGAAUCCACUCUAUUUUUGCCAAUUUCAAUAGCAUCGGUGAUCAACUUACUGUCGUUAGUGAAAGGAGUUAUUGAUGUUUCUAUGAGCGGGAGAUGGGAAGAGUUUUUUAUGCAAAUAUUCAUAGCAUGGUUUGUAGUGGUGAGUAGUUGGCCGAUUUACGAAGCCAUGGUUUUAAGGAGAGAUGGAGGGAGGAUGCCAUUGAAGAUUACCUUAGCAUCAAUAGCGACUGCAAUGGCGAUUUGCUUGCUAUCCACUCUUGUUUUUUGAAA